CUGAAGGCUGCAUGGUGGUUUCAGAAACUGCCUCCUCCAUUUGAAAAGAACAAUGGUAGGAAAGGCUAGAUCUUCCAAUUUUACCUUAUCUGAAAAGCUCGAUUUGCUAAAGCUUGUGAAGCCAUAUGUUAAGAUCCUCGAAGAACACACUAAUAAACAUUCAGUGAUAGUAGAAAAGAAUAGAUGUUGGGAUAUCAUAGCAGUUAACUACAAUGCCAUCGGGGUAGACCGCCCUCCUCGAACAGCCCAGGGCCUACGCACCCUUUACAAAAGGCUUAAAGAAUAUGCUAAACAAGAACUAUUGCAGCAAAAAGAGACCCAAUCAGAUUUUCAAAGCAAUGUUUCUGAGCCAACCAGGAAAGUUAUGGAGAUGAUUCCCCAGAUUUCCAGUUUUUGCCCGGUAAGAGACAGGAACCACAUACAAAGUGCAAACCUGGAUGAGGAAGUACAGGCUGGCACCAGCUCCCUCCAGGUAAUGUUGGAUCAUCAUCCAGUUGCUAUAACUGUGGAAGUGAAGCAAGAAGAAGACACUAAGCCCCCUCUCCCUCUGCUUCUCAAUUCUCAAGAAAGCGACACCGUAGAGCAAAGAGAAGAACAUGACUUAGUCCAUGUCAUGGAAAGAUCUUUGUCACCUUCACUUUCCUCUGUUGAUAUGAGAAUGACAUUGUCUCCAUCUUCUGUCCGAAGGAGAGAUGAUAUUUUUCGGCCUGAGAACGGAAACCACUGUAGGUUGCAGUUAGGCGCUACAAACCCUCAGGUUCUACAAAUGUUGAAAGAGGAACAUCAGAUAAUUUUAGAAAAUCAAAAAAAUUUUGGACUGUAUGUUCAGGAGAAGAGGGAUGGAUUGAAAAGGAGGCAAGAGCUUGAAGAAGAGCUGCUGAGAGCAAAAAUUGAAGUGGAAAAGCUGAAAGCAAUACGCUUACGGCAUGACCUGCCCGAAUAUAACAUCCUCUAAGAGUUGUUGUUUUUUUUUAAAUUU